AGCGCGUCAAGGGUAGUUCUUUACAUUACUUACGUGUGUUUGGUUCAUUUAGUCGUUUCUCAAUGGAAAGGUGGCAAAAUCGUGUUGUGGUCAUAACCGGAGCUAGUUCCGGUAUUGGAGCUGCUGUUGCUGCUGACCUUGUUAAAGCUGGUCUUAUAGUGGCUGCACUGGCUCGUCGAGAAACUAAGCUUCAGGAAAAUAAGAAAGCGUUACCCGCUCAUUUGCAGUCCCGAUAUCACCCAAUUAAGUGCGACGUUACAAACGAGGAUGAGGUCAAGGAAGCGUUUGCUUGGAUUGAGAAGAAUCUUGGUGGAACGGAUAUUCUUAUCAAUAACGCUGGGGUCUUCCACUUUGGAUCUAAUUUGACUGAUGUAGAUAGUUCCGAAGUGGUUCGUAACACUCUCGACACGAAUGUGGCGGCCGUGGUGUAUUGUGUUCGGGAGGCUUUCAAUUCCAUGAAGAAGCGAAAUUUCGAUGGACAUGUGGUUCUUAUUAAUAGCGUGGCUGGACACACUGACCAACGUAUUGCUGGGAUCAACAUGUACAUACCAUCCAAGCACACCGUGACUGCUUUGGCCAAAUCUUAUCGUCACGAAUUCGCAAACGCCGGUACGAAAGUAAAAAUCACGAGCAUAAGUCCAGGGAGUGUAGACACGGAGCUGAUGCCUGAAAUAUUCCGUAAGAUCGGAAUUCCUUACCUCAAACCUGCAGACAUUUCGAACGCUAUAUUAUAUGCUAUUGCAACUCCGCCUGAUGUUCAAAUCUUCGAAUUAAUAAUUCAACCAGUUGGUGAGGGUGGACCAGCGCAGAAAAAGAGCUGAACGGAAGAUGGAGAAGAUUCACCAGCAAUUGUAUCGAGUCCCUUCGAAAAUGUUGUAACCGUGAUAAUCCCAACAGGGUUUGAAAAUGAAUUUAGUAAUAAAAUACUGAAUACAAACAA